AUGGCUACUACAGAUACGGCGGAAAGGGUCGGGGAACAUGCAGGCGAGGAAGUGUCAGUUGGAGGGAAAUUGCCCACAACACCUCCAUUGUCAACAGAUCCGUUGUGUUGGGAUGUCGUCGGGUCCAAUAACGUCACUUUCCAACCCUAUGAUCAAGUGUUUGAGGCACCGCACUUGAAACGAAUUGAUCUAGUGCACAUGAAAAUUGAUUCACCAGCGAUGGAAGAAGAUCAUAUGCAGACGCCAAGGCUGGAGCAUCCGCCAUUGGUAAUUGAAUCCCUGGUGUCAAGGCUGUCUCAACCUGAGCAAAAUGAAGAUCAGCAACAAUGCCAAGGGAACGGAGAGGAAGAUGUCAUAAUAUCCGGACACCCAGACUAUUUCACUCAAAACGUUCCGCAAGACUCGUUUGUUGCCGAUAUCUCUCGAACACCAUCCUCGUCCAAUGUAUCGUCAACUGGACUGAGUGGUUCCUCGAAUAGUCAACUUGACAGUUCUUCCACACCGGUCUCUCCUGAUAGUCGUGUAAGUGCAUGGAAGGAUUACAUGCCUUCAUUCAAUCCUGAAAGUAACAGACCUGUUUCUGUUCCCAACUUUCAAAGUAAAACCUUGUCCCGGCGCCGAGAUGGACCGGACUAUCCCAAUUACCCAGAUCAAUCAUUCAAGGCUCUGCAGAAUCAACAUUAUCCUCCGCCCUACCAACCAAGCGAACCUCAGCAUCUACGCACUCGAAGCUCUCAUCCUGCCCAGAAUCUGUCCUUUUCCUCGAGCGAUGAGAAACCUGCGCGGGGCUACCCACAAAUUCCUUCAGGAGCAAAGACAGCUGGCAACACGCCGGCACAGAGUCCUGGAUUAUUCACGCCCAUGUUGUCGAAGAAGCACUGGACGGGUGAGCCCGACGAGACGCGUUCAGGCACUCCUAUGCUCCAUCCCGCCCAUUUACAGGCGCCAAAAGAAACACAUAAACUGCUGAAAGAUAUUGAUCCUAUAUCUGGCAGAAAGACCAUCAAUCACUAUGAACUACUGGAGAAACUUGGAAGCGGUAACCAUGGUACCGUGAAGCUUGCCCGAGACUUGGUCACGGAUACCUUGUGCGCCGUCAAGAUUGUGCGGCGCUUUUCGAAGAAGUUGCGACUGGGCCGAUCAGGAGAUCCGAACGACAUGAUAAAGAAAGAAGUCGCCAUUCUCAAAAAAGCUCGACAUCCGAACGUUGUCAGCUUGCUUGAAGUCAUUGAUGAUGACGAAUGGGGCAAAGUUUACCUGGCCCUCGAAUAUGUCGAGCGAGGAGAGAUUGUUUGGCGUAAACCAACUGACAAGGAUGUUGCGCUAUUUGAGAUGGAGCGUUGCGAACGCGAGUUGGCAAAUGGCCUCAGCGACGACCACGAGAGAGCGGCUAUUGAGGAGUUCAACCGGUUGGCACCGUCAAGACGACACGAGAAAGCCCAACGGCUCGCAGAUCAGGAACGCAGGGAUAAAGAACGCUCUGGUUGCGGAGGUGCCCAUCGCGAAGCACGAAACCCCGGCUUCGAUCCUUACUUCUCUCUGGAGUACGGUGGCGCAUCCGAAGAUGAGGCCGUUGCAGAACCCAUAGGCCAAUUUGCAGCUCAGAUCCAAGGUAAAAAGCAGCCGACAAACAAGCCAAUGCCGGUAGACUCGACAGAUGGUUUGCCUCAGACCAGCACGCCCGCGAGCGCAUCAUCCUCUCGCCCCGAGACGCCGGCACAGUAUGGAGGUCCGACGUCAGGACUAGAGGUCAAAGAAACCGCUAAAGAUGUCGAGUUGCAGUCCUUGCUAAACAAGAUCAUCCUCGGACAACAGGAUUGGAAUGGAAUCGAUGAAAAUUUCCGCUACGUGCCAUGCCUUACGUUGGCCCAAGCUCUGGAUGCAUUCCGUGAUACCGUCCUUGGGCUGGAAUACUUGCACUAUCAAGGCAUCAUUCAUCGUGACAUAAAGCCUGCUAAUUUGUUGUGGACAACGGGCUUUCGUGUCAAAAUCUCUGACUUUGGAGUAUCCUACCUCGGCAAGCCCAUUAGAGAAGAUGACAACAACGAAGAGAUUGCUGAAGCUGACGCGGAGGUACACGAUGAAGCCAUCGAGCUUGCGAAAACGGUGGGCACUCCAGCUUUCUAUGCCCCAGAGCUUUGCGACCCUCAUUAUUUCGAAGUCGGUGGGGACUCUGAUCGUCCAGCAAUCACUGGUCAGAUUGACGUUUGGGCUCUUGGAGUUACACUUUAUGCAAUGGUCUUCGGACGACUUCCUUUCUUCGACGGCAACCAGUUUUUAAUGUACGAGAAGAUAGCGCGUAACGAGGUCUUCAUUCCUCGAAUGCGCCUCAAAGGUGUUUCUCAUGAGAUCGCGAGCAAAGCAUUCGGAACGGUCACGGAUCGUAGAAAGAGAUUCGAUGAUAUCCUCGAGUACGAAGCUGUCAAUGAUGAGCUUCGCGAUUUGUUGAAGCGCCUGCUCGAGAAGAAGCCUUCUAAACGCAUCACCCUGAAAGAGGUUAAACAUCAUCCCUGGGUGCUUCAAGGCAUUACAGAUCGAACUCUCUGGAUCGACGAGACUGAUCCAUCACUGCAAAGCGAAGGCAAGAAGAUUGAAGUCUCCACGCAAGAAGUCCAGGAUUCCGUCACGCCACUUACUGUUUUUGACCGCGUCAAAGCGGGUUUCCAGAGAGUCGGCUCUGUCUUACGAGGCCGUGGCUCUCAACAUCGCAAGAGGACUAACAGCAAUCCAAAAGCUCCUGAUGGCGCAGGCUCAACGGCUGCUUCCAGGAAUUCCCAGAGUGUCAAAGAUGAGAGGAGGCCUAGUUUGAGGGGAGACGAGCAAAUUCUACCUGCACUACGCGCAUCGAGAGAGACCUCAGAGCAUCCACUUGCGCAGAGUGUCGCAGCCAGCCCCGAAUUGAAGGACAAUCCCUCCUGUUAUGACGACAGUGGAAACGCUGUGAGGCCUGCAAGUGAUCCGCAAGCCAACCGACCAGUGCUCACUGACCGCACGCUAUCCACCGCUGAUUCCAUGAAGACUAUACGUGCUCCUGUGCCUGCCCUUCUCAGAGAAACCUCAUCGCCAAACACUUCAUCACCGAAUGAAGACUUCUCGUCAGCGACCACCACUGUUGUUGACCCCACGUCAAACUCGUCAUCAAGUCUUAGCAACGUGUUUUCGGGGGCAGGACGACGAUUCGUGGGCAGUAUGCGAACUAGAGAGCGAGGUGUUGGACGCCAGAGUCCCUCUCGAUCAAGUCGCUCAUCCUCUAUAGGUGACAGCACUGAAGACUUUCAUGCAUCACCAAGCCUUGCUCUCUCGUCGGCCAUUGCUGCCGGGCAUGUGGACCAGCCCCCGGCUCUUCGUGAAGGACCCGACGCACACCCUGUGCUGCAGGAUUCACCAAGUGAAGCGUUUCGGCGUGCACAAGAGCAGAAUUACCGCCGCCAGACUUUUGAGCAUGCGCAACGCAGAAGUCGUCCUCCAACAGUGUCCAUGGAUACAGAUGUUGCCUGCCCACCCUCUCCAGACGAUGAGGUCUUUCUUCCUCAGCUUCGUCCUACUUCAGCAGCAGACAGCACUUCGGCCUUCGUCAUCUCUUCAUCCUCGGACCAGAUUGGUUCUGGUGAAUCGAUGGCUCACUCUCGUGUCCCUUCCGUCGUCAGUGGGGCCUCAUCCCUAUCUGUGCCUUUUGAAGAAGACGAAGAGACCCGGGCCCAUGUCCUUGAAAAAUACAUUUCGCCCUUGACUAUCGGUAGAAGGAGCGGGUCGCAUCACCGUGGAACUGAAAGCGAAACGCCCAGACUAACUCCAUCGAUUGCGAGAGCCGCAGCGGAGAGAGCAGCAGCAGACGAGGAUGACGCAGGCUACAACGGCGAAGGAGAACAAGACUCGGAUAGUGAAGAUGAAGGCCUGGCAAUGGCCUGA